AUGACGGAUGUCCCAGGCCUACACCAAUCAUAUCGGCUGGGUUCCGAGCAGAUCAUGGGGCAUUCCGUAGAAGUAACAAAGGCACUUGAGUCGCAAUCCGGAGACUCGUCAAUCUCACCCGAAAAGCCGGAACAGAGCUUUCCAUGUUCCUCCAGCAGCUGUCGGAAUGUUGAACCAUCAGAUGACAAGGACGCCGAUUUGGCGGGACCGUCUAUUGGAACGCAUAUUAUUUUGAAGGGAAAUCAUGAUGGUUCGGAUGCUCCGGAAUGCGGACUACAGAACGUUCGAGAAGCAGCAACCCCCCACCAGAAGGAACGAACUCUUCCUCCCUUGCCCCCUAAUGACAUGGCACUGGCUUUGCAGGAAGCAAAACUUCGCUGGCAAAUUCAGUACUAUGCCGCCAUGCACAAGUAUUAUUCGAUGCAACUACAGCAGGGCGCUAUGGAUCCGUCUGAAGAACCAGAAGACAGGUUGUUACCCAGAGCAUCUUUCCACGACAUACUUUGUGAAGGCGUAGCUGUGGAUGAAGACCCUAUGCAGAUGAGCAUGGAAGAGCUGCUGGCGCAGUCCACCUCUGUCUUUGAAGAAACUGGGGCGCCCCAUCAGUAG